CUCCCCCGACUUAGCCACGGUGGUUGCGUGGUUCACGCGAAAAGUAUAAAAAGCUCGCGACUAAGAGGGACCCGGCACUUCAGUCUUUUCAAAAAUAUCGUAAGGAUGGCUCUAGAACGUCAAGUGCGCGCUAAGAUUGCGGGAAAACGCAAUCCCGAACAAGAGAGGGAGGCGCAGGAGUGGAUCGAAUCGAUCCUCGGCAAAAAGUUUCCCCCCGGUGAGACCUUCGAGGAUGUGCUGAAGGACGGCCAGGUCCUCUGUCAUCUCAUGAAUAAGAUUUCUCCUGGAUCGGUACCGAAGAUCAAUUCCACCGGCGGGCAGUUCAAGAUGAUGGAGAAUAUUAAUUUGUUUCAAAAGGCUCUAAAGGAAUACGGAGUGGACGAUGUCGACGUUUUUCAGACGGUGGACUUGUGGGAGAAGAAAGAUAUCGCACAAGUAGUAACAACGUUGUUCGCUCUUGGCCGAACGACGUACAAGCAUCCCGAAUGGAAAGGACCUUCUCUAGGACCCAAGCCAGCAGAAGAGUGUAAACGUGACUUUACAGAGGAACAAUUGCGAGCUGGCGAGGGGAUGAUUGGUCUCCAAGCGGGUUCCAACAAGGGUGCGACUCAAGCUGGUCAGAGCAUCGGUGCUACCCGCAAAAUUCUCUUGGGAAAGUAAAAUAAAAAUUUUAAUGCAGUUGCUUACUCUCUUCCACUCUUUAGAUCUAAAAAAAAUUGCGUACUUUUCUAUGUAUAUGUAAAUGCGUAUAUAUAUUUUUUAUUUUACUUUUGUAAUUAAAUGAAUAGCUGUCAUUUAUUGAUCUGUCUUCUCAUUUUACUUCUUAAAUAUAAGCGGUGUAUGUCACGAAGGUAGUAAAUAUAUCAACUCGUAAUAAGUUUUAAUCUUCUUAAUCAAAGAUAGAGAGAGAAAGAGAGAAAAAGAGUGUACAUCUCUUAAUAAAGCUAGCGAUAAUAUUGACAUAA